CUUCUCCAUAUCAGGGCUUUCUUUGCUUAGCCAGUCAUGGAAACUUGUGUGGAGAGCUGGUGGAUCCUGCCCCUAACCCUAGCUCCAAACAUCUUAGGGUGCCUGUCACGUUCUUCUUCUCCACCUUCCAUUGCACUCGCUUUCUCUUCCAUUGUCGUCCUUGCCAUUCUGGUAUGGCUAGCCAACUGCCUUCUCCACUGGGCCUUCCCCGGCGGCCCUGCCUGGGGGAAGUACUACUGGUGGAGGAAGACAAACUCCUCCACCAGCUCGACGAUGAUACCUGGCCCGAGAGGCCUCCCUUUCCUGGGGAGCAUGGACCUCAUGUCCGGCCUCGCCCACCGCCAUCUCGCUGCGGCCGCCACCUGCCUUGGUGCAAAGAGACUCAUGGCCUUCUCCAUAGGCGAGACCCGAGCCAUCGUCGCCAGCCACCCUGAUGUCGCCAAGGAGAUCCUCAACAGCCCAGCGUUCGCCGACCGUCCCCCUACUGAAUCAGCCUACGGCCUCAUGUUCCACCGCUCUAUCGGGUUCGCCCCCCAUGGCACCUAUUGGCGCAACCUCCGCCGGAUCGCCGCCACCCACCUCUUCUCCCCGAAGCAAGUCAAUGCCUCCGCUCCUCACCGCUCCCACAUCGCCGACCAAAUGACAGCUGCUCUUCGGAACAGCACCAAUGGAGAUGUACAAGUUCGCAGAAUUCUGCGGCGGGCCUCGCUGUGCUACAUCAUGCAGUUUGUGUUCGGGAAGCAGUUUGAGCUGUGCUCGGCGAGCGAGGAGACUGAAGGACUUCUUUGCAUGGUGGAGGAAGGUUACGACCUGCUCGGGAAGAACAACUGGUCUGAUCAUUUCCCCCUUCUUGCUGGCCUCGACAUUCAGAAAAUCCGCUCCAGAUGCUCAAAGCUCGUCACCAAGGCGUAUAGUUUCGUGUAUCCAAUAAUCGAGGAACACCGAGCUACAGUAACUGGUGGAAGAACAACUGCACCGGACUUUGUGGACAUACUGAUCUCCCUCCAGGAACCUGAGGGCCUGUCAGACUCUGACAUGGUUGCCAUUCUAUGGGAGAUGAUAUUUAGAGGGACAGAUGCAAUGGCAGUGCUGAUGGAGUGGACGCUGGCUCGUGUUGUCCUCCACCCCGGCAUCCAAGCCAAGGUCCACCAAGAGCUCGAUCACGUUGUCGGGACUUCCCGGCGGCGGGUGGUCGAAUCUGAUGCACUAAGACUGGUAUACUUGCAAGCCCUACUGAAAGAGGUUCUCAGGAUGCACCCACCAGGCCCGCUCCUAUCCUGGAGUCGCCUUGCGAUAUCUGAAACUCUUGUCGACGGCCAUCUUGUUCCUGCCGGCACAACUGCCAUGGUGAACAUGUGGGCAAUAUGCCGUGAUCCUGAUGUCUGGAAGUAUCCUCUGGAGUUCAGGCCUGAGAGGUUUCUAAACAAGGAUGGAGACAUGGAGGUGGAGUUCUCGGUGAUGGGUACCGACCUCCGGCUUGCACCAUUUGGGUCAGGCAGGAGAAGCUGCCCCGGCAAGGGGCUGGCGAUGAUGACAGUCAGCUUCUGGAUGGCUUCCCUCCUUCAUGACUUUGAAUGGCUGCCAUCGGAGGUGAAGGGCGUCGAUCUAUCGGAGGUUCUCAGGCUAUCGUCCGAGAUGGCAGCACCACUUGAGGUGAGGGUGCAACCCAGGCGACAUGAAUGAAGAAGAUGAUCCUGAUCCCUAUAGUGCAUAUACGUCUACGCGUCUAUGGGGAUCUAUCUAAUUACUAUAUAUGUUGUGUAUCUGCUUUCUAUUGGCUAAUAUAGAUGAUGUAUUUAGGUCUGAGGGUGUGCAGUUUGGAGGUUUCCAUCUUUGUGCAAAGUGUUUAUAAGUUGGAAACUUACUAGCUAGCUAGUCUUGUCGGUUAUGUUUGCCAUAUGCGUUGGUUUGGAGCUGAGAGUCAGCCUGUUUAAUAUUGCAUGUAAUUAAACUGCAAAUUUAUACAAUAAGGAGUGUUUUAGUA